CUGGGUUGAGCUGCGGAGAGUGAAGGGACUUGUGUGGAUCGGGAGAGAUCGGAGCGGAGAGAUCAUGGAGGACUUGUGAGCCGGUCCCCUCCCCUCCUCCCCCCCGGACAUGUCCGGGUCUCUGUGCCGGAGCCUCUACUCCUUCUCCGGGGAGAACCACCAGCAGGGGCUGAAGUUCGAGGCGGGAGAGGUGAUCAGUGUGCUGCAGGUGUCGGAUGGAGGAUGGUGGGAAGGAGAGAAGGACGGGCUCCGGGGAUGGUUCCCUGCUAGCUAUGUACAGAUCCUGGAGAAACCCGGUAAGAUGAACCCGCAGAAGAUCGAAGAUUCCUCACCGGUCCCCCUCCCCCCGGGCUGGCAGUGCUACAUGUCUCCGCAGGGGCGGCGCUACUACGUCAACACCGUCACCAACGAAACUACGUGGGAGAGACCAAACAGCUCACCUGUCAGCCUGAAGAGCCCACUAGUGAAAAAGACGUCACUUCCUGCAGUUAAUGGAUUCCACCCGUCGGGUUCCCCUUUACAUCAUCCAGACUCGGUGCACAUCAGCGUCCGGAAACCCAGCGGGGAACCGCAGAGCCCCGGCUCGCCGUCACCCACCAGGAAACAGAACAAGGAGACCAUCAUCACGAUAAACUGUGUGACGUUCCCGCACCCGGACACCAUGCCGGAACAGCAGCUGUUAAAACCCGGAGAGUGGAGCUACUGCGAUUACUUCUGGGCAGACAAGAAGGAUCCGCAGGGGAACACGACGGUCACCGGGUUCGAGGAACUCCUGCAGAAGCAGCUGAAGGGGAAGCAGAUGCAGAAGGAUAUGGCUGAAUUUAUCCGAGAACGGAUAAAGAUAGAGGAAGAAUAUGCAAAGAACUUGGCCAAACUUUCCCAGAACUCGCUGGCAUUCCAAGAGGAGGGGACGCUGGGCGAGGCCUGGGCACAACUGAAGAAGAGUCUGGCGGAUGAGGCUGAAGUCCAUCUGAAAUUCUCCUCCAAGUUACAGAGUGAAGUGGAAAAACCAUUACUGAACUUCCGAGAAAACUUCAAGAAGGACAUGAAGAAGUUCGACCAUCACAUCGCCGACUUACGGAAACAGCUGAGCAGCCGAUACGCAGCCGUAGAGAAGGCCCGCAAGGCUCUCGCCGAAAGACAAAAAGAUCUGGAAGUGAAAACACAACAACUAGAAAUUAAACUGAGCAACAAGACGGAGGAGGACAUCAAGAAGGCGCGACGGAAGUCCACACAAGCAGGGGACGACCUGAUGCGCUGUGUGGACCUCUACAACCAAGCGCAGUCCAAAUGGUUCGAAGAGAUGGUGACAACCAGUCUGGAACUGGAGCGAUUGGAGGUGGAGCGGGUGGAGAUGAUCCGGCAGCACCUCUGUCAGUAUACACAGCUACGCCAUGAAACGGACAUGUUCAACCAAAGCACGGUGGAGCCGGUGGACCAGCUUCUGCAGAAAGUGGAUCCGGCCAAAGACCGGGAAUGUUGGGUGAAGGAGCACAAGACGGGGGACAUCCGGCCCAUGGACAUGGACAUAUAGACUUUUACGGCUCGCGGUUUCUGCGGAGUUCCUCUGGUUGGGACUCCUGUAUAUAUUCCUUGUAAGAUACACAAAAUGUCGCUUAUUGCCGCGUCACCACAUGGUUAAAAGAAUGGGACGCCGGAGACGCGGCGAGGUCUGGGACUGUUGGAUGAGGCAGGCGGACCCCCCCACCAGACAUCUGAGGCCCAGCCUAUAGAAAGUAUACGGCGUCCGGUUGGCAACCCUCGUUGCGUUCGGCGUACAACAAAAUCCGAUAUUUCCGAAGACUUAAGGAAGGACUCCGCCCAGCUCUGUAUAUAAAACUUUCUCAUUAUCAUCCUAGGAAAUCUGCAACCCAUUCCGCCGGAAACUUGCUCCAGUUUUUUGAUGCCGCCAUACCUGUAACUGCCCAGUACAGACGCAGAGAUUCAAGUAUUGGUUCCUCCGUGUGCCCGCUCCGCACCACCCGCUAUAACUCAACCGGGAACCAGAAUCCACCACUCUGCUAUUUACUCAUUGGCUGCUAUAUCAUUGGGGAAGAUGAGAAAAAGUGUAUACACCCCCCCCCCCUACAUACACAGCUCAGCCAAUAGCUGCUUCCAUCACAGCCUUCUCACCAAGGCCCCCCGUUCAUAUUCUCUGCGUUUCCGAUCACGGGGGAAACCACACAGAAGAAAAAACGCACGGUUCGAAAAUGCGUAUAAACGCCCAACACGCUUGCAUUGCCAUUAAAUGUUAAUGGGACCCCAAGCACGGGUAGCGGGCGUGCGUUUGUCACGUGUUUUUGUCGCACCUGAAAAGCGCGGUACAAAAUGAGUGCUUAAAAAAAAAAAAGGACAAGAGGUUAUUUGGGGGCGUAUUAACGUGAAAACGUGCGAAAGAAAAUAAAAACGCAAGCGGGAGCGCGAGUUCUUACUACGAGUUCCCACUACGCUCAGGUGUGAACGGGGGGGGCGGGGCCUAAAGUAUUUGCUUAAAGAAAAAGGCGAUAAACGGGUUCAAAUAGUAUUUUAUGAUCUGCAUCAACGUCUUUAGGGGACGCCCACGUUUACAUCCGGUGAUUUGGGAUUCCGCCACAAUUCCAAAUCUGCGACACUAGCGCGUCUUUGGACGCCAUUCAUUUUUUAAUGGCACCUCGCGUGUCGCGAGAAUAUCGUGUUCCAAAAAAAGGAGUUGAAGCUUCUUUUUGGGGGCGGCAAGCUUCGCGUGGUUGCGGCUUGCAACGGGGUUUUGUUUUUUACGGGAAAAAAUGCACCGCAUUGGGAAUCGCGACAGAUCUGCCCACGAUCCUAAAUCACCGGAUGUGAACGGGGCGCUAAAAUCUUCCCAUUGUGCUCAGUUAAAGCUCGCUCACACGGGCGCCUAAAAAACACAAAAUUUUUAGGCACCCUUGGUGCUCGUUUGCACGUGCUUCAACAUUAACACACAUUAUAACGCCUACCGCUUCAACACGCUCACUUGAUGUGUUUGUGUUUUUGCUGCUUUGGUGAUGCUUUUUGUUUCUAUUUGUAUAAAGGGGCCCAGUAGAACCCGGUAGUUCCGCCACUCAGCAGAUCCCCAGCUUCGUUCAGCACAUCCCCUGCUCAGUACAUCCCCUGCUCAGUAGUACCUUGAUUUAGUAAGUCCCCAGCUCAUUAGUACCCUUGUUCAGUGGCUCCUAGGCUCAGUAGUACCCCCAGCUCUGCUGAUCCCCCCGCUCAGUAGUAACCCCCAGCUCUGCUUAUCCCCCGCUCAGUAGCAACCUCCAGCUCUGCCGAUCUCCCACUCAGUACUAACCCCCAGCUCUGCUGAUCCCCCGCUCAGUAGUAAUCCCCAGCUCUGCUGAUUUCCCGUUCAGUAUAACCCCAGUUCUGCUAAUUCCCCCGCUCAGUAGUGAUCGCCAGCUCUACUGAUCUCCUGUUCAGUAUAACCCCAGUUCUGCUAAUUCCCCUGCUCAGUAGUAACCCCCAGCUCUGCU